AUGCCGUGCGUCCAGACCCAGUGCGGCUCCUCUCCCCCCGGAGCCAGCCCGGCUUCCCACAGCAGCUGCGACCUCCUCACCCCGGAGUUUGUGAAGUUCAGCAUGGACCUCACCAACAGCGAGAUGUCCUCUGGCUCCUCGGGCCCCAGCUUCGGGCCCCUGGUGGACUCGUACAGCUCCGGGUUCGACGUGAAGCCCCCGUGCCUCUUCCAGGUGCCGGUGGAGCUGCCGUGCGUAAAGGUGGAGGAUGGGGGUCCGAGGUACCAUCCCGAGGAGCUGCUCUCCUCCCCGGGCUCGGUGUACUACUACCGGUCCCCCUCCCCGCACCCCCCCACCAGCUUCCAGACUCCAGCCGGCCACAUCUGGGACUGGGACGACCCCGGGUCCCUGUACACUUUGCGUCAGGACUACUUGGCUAGGAAGAACUCUCUGUGCAGGUUCUCCUUGUUCUCCCUGAAGCACGCACAGCAGGGGGUCUCCUCCUGCCAGAUGAAGCUGGACGGAUCCCUCCGGGUGUCCAUGAACCUGGACCCCCACCAGCCGCUGGACAGUCCCGGGGGUCUGGGCUCCACCUGCCUGGGGAAGCAGCCGGCGCUGGGGUUCCCUCUCCACUCGCACCCCUUCAUGGAGUACCAGGGGUCUCCAGCCUGCCGCGGACCCUUGAGCACGGAGGGGCUGUGCGCGGUGUGCGGGGACAACGCUGCGUGCCAGCACUACGGAGUGCGCACCUGCGAGGGCUGCAAGGGGUUCUUCAAGCGCACAGUGCAGAAAAAGGCCAAGUACGUGUGUCUGGCUGCCAAAAGCUGCCCGGUGGACAAACGCAGGAGGAACCGGUGCCAGUACUGUCGCUUCCAGAAGUGCCUCACGGUGGGGAUGGUGAAAGAAGUGGUGAGGACCGACGGUCUGAAAGGUCGGAGAGGUCGCCUGCCCUCCAAACCCAAAGGCCUCACAGACUCCCCCGGCAGCAGCCUCCUGAGCGCCCUCACCAGGGCACACGUGGAGUCGAACACUCCACCCUCUCAACUCGACUACUCCAAAUUCAGGGAGAGUCCCGGGAGUCCUGUGGGAGAUGAGGCGCAGCACGUCCGGCAGUUCUACGCCCUCCUGACCACGUCCAUGGAGGUGAUCCGGGGGUGGGCGCAGAAGGUCCCUGGCUUCACCGCUCUGCCCAAACACGACCAGGACCUGCUCUUCUACUCGGCUUUCCUGGAGCUCUUUGUUUUACGCCUCUCAUACAGAUCCAGCCCUGAGGAGGGGAAGCUGAUCUUCUGCGAUGGCUCGGUGUGGCACCGGCUCCAGUGCCUCCGGGGCUUCGGGGAGUGGAUCGACAGCAUCGUGGAAUUCUCCUCCAACCUGCAGAGGAUGAACCUGGACGUCUCCACCUUCUCCUGCAUAUGCAGCCUCGCGCUGGUCACCGAGAGACACGGACUAAAGGAGCCGAAGAGAGUGGAGGAGCUGCAGAGCAACGUUGUCAAGUGCCUGAAGGACGGAGGCUUGUGCACAGACGGAGCCUCAGACUCUUGGUCCAACCAUUUGUCCAGACUAUUACAAAAGCUGCCUGAGCUGCGCACUCUGUGCAUCCAAGGCCUGCAGAGGAUUUUCUACCUGAAGCUGGAGGAUCUGGUGCCGCCGCCCGCCGUGAUAGAUAAGUUAUUCCUCGACACAUUGCCAUUUUAG